AUGCUUGUCUCCAUUCCCCCGAACUGGAAGAGGGCCUUGAUCGUGGUGCCGUUCCAGAGCUUCUUGGACGUGCUGUGGUACGGAACCUGGUAUUACUUCAAUGACUCUGGCGUCUAUCCGCGAGAGUACUGGGAGAGGUUUGACCCAUUGUUCGCUUUCUUUGCCUGGAUUCCUAUGGGCUUGGCUGUCAGCAUGGGGGAGCCCCAAACUCUGCGGGAAGCCAUUGCUUUCGGUGCAUGGAUUGGCUUCCUCACUUUUGCCAUCUAUGCCGGUGUCGAGCUGACCUUCGACCCAGUGUGGCGUGCUGCAUGGUGGUACUCCGUGGUGGAUACCACUUGGGGCAUCUCUGUCUCCGCGGUCUCAUGCAGCUUCGGAUACUGGAGCAUGGAGAAAUGCUGCGGAACACAGCCAGGGCAAGGUGAUGCAGAUCGCGACAAGCUACUCGACAAGGCCUGA